AUGUCUUCUAUCUUUGUCAGACCCCCAGACUUCAAUUCUAGCGAAGAAGCUACCUGCGUUCCACCAAGCGACUUUAUAGUCGGGACAUGGCACGUAACCCACUCUACCCUUCCCCUGUGGAAAGACAAGCGCAACGUCAACAUCACCUACGAGCUACUCCCCGCAGAUACAGCCGGGGUCCAGAAGCUCGACGACUUGGUACAAUACCAAGCCCUUGACUCUGAGAUAAUCAAAUCCGUUCAUGGCGUGGACACCCCAACACCAGAUAAACCCGGCGCCUGGGAUUGGCGCGGCAAAGGUUGGCUGAUGAUCGCGAGCUCACACUGGGAGUGUCUUGGUUUCGGUCCUACCGAUGAUGACAACCAGUGGAUUGUUACCUACUUUGCUAAAACAAUCUUCACGCCUGCUGGCAUUGAUAUCUACUCGAAGAACAAGAAGGGGCUUCCUCAGACUACGGUCGAUCAGAUACUUAAUGCUCUCAAGGAGCUUGGGGUCAAGGAUAUGACAGACCUCGUUAAUAUCGUGUUUCAGAUUCCUCAGAACUAG